CGGCAGUGUAGAGCACCUGUAGCCCCAGAACUCUAUAAAUCAUGGAAAAGCAAAACAGACAACUGAAUGCUCCUCACCCAGGAAUGAAUUUACCAUCUGAGUAUCCUACUCAAUAUCCUUCAGCAACACUCCAAGGACCUCCAGGACAUACUGGCUACCCUGGCCAGGUUGGCUACCCUGGCCCCCAGGCUGGCUAUCCUGGCCCCCAGGCUGGCUACUCAAUUCCACCAGCUGGUUAUUCAGGUGCUGGCCCAGUAGGGUUUCCUGUCCAACACCAGCCUGUGUAUAAUCAGCCAGGUGGACCUGAAGGGGUACCCUGGAUGCCAGCACCACCACCUCCAUCAGGCUGUCCACCCAGAUUGGAAUAUUUAAGUCAGAUAGAUCAGAUACUGAUUCGUCAGCAAAUUGAGCUUCUGGAAGUCAUAACAGGUUUUGAAACUAAUAAAUAUGAAAUUAAGAACAGCUUUGGACAGAUUUACUUUGCAGUAGAGGAUACAGACUGCUGUACCCGGAAUUGCUGUGGGGCUUCUCGGCCUUUUACCAUGAGGAUUAUCGAUAAUAUGGGCCAAGAAGUUAUAACUCUGGAGAGACCACUAAGGUGUGACAGCUGUUGUUGCCCCUGCUGCCUUCAGGAGAUUGAAGUCCACGCUCCUCCUCGUGUACCUGUAGGUUAUGUUACUCAGACCUGGCAUCCAUGCCUGCCAAGGUUUACAAUUCAAAAUGAGAGGAGAGAGGAUGUACUAAAAAUUAUUGGUCCAUGUGUUGUGUGCAGCUGUUGUGCAGAUGUUGAUUUUGAGAUUAAAUCUUUUGAUGAAGAAACUAUAGUUGGCAAGAUUUCCAAGCAGUGGACUGGUUUUGUGAGAGAGGCAUUUACGGAUGCUGACAACUUUGGUAUCCAGUUCCCUUUAGACCUUGAUGUGAAAAUGAAAGCUGUAAUGCUUGGUGCAUGUUUCCGCAUUGAUUUCUUGUUUUUUGGAAGGAGUGGAAACACAGAAUAA